GGGUCAGCACAGGUGGCUCACUCGCAGACCGGCCGAGCGAGGAGCAUGUGCCCCCGGGAGCUGCGGCAGCGCCGCCGCCGCGCCGCCUGAGUCGUGCCGACCGCUGCUCUCCGACUCACGGACCUUCCGGUGGCAGUUCUACUGGCCCUCUUCACUGUCUGCCGGGGACCUCUGCUGGCGACUUCUACCAGUGACCUGUCACUGACUUCUACAAGUGACCUCUUCCUUUUGCUCUUUACCGAUCUGUACCACCAGUGACCUGUCCCUGACCUGUAUCAGCGACCUCUCCUUGUCACCCCCCCCCCCUCCUCCUCUGACCCUGCGCCGCGAUGGCCACGGAGCGCCGUCCGAUCUGCCCGCGCCUCAUCGACUACCUGGUGGUGGUGGGCACCCGCUCGCCGUCCCGCCAGUGUUCCGUGCAGCCACCCGAGCUGCUGCGACGCUACCCGCCCGACGAGCACAAGGACUUUCCGCUACCGCUGGAUGUGGUGUGCUUCUGCCAGCCCGAGGGAUGCGUCACCGUCGGACCCAAGAAGACCGUGCUCCGGGAGGCCACCAGCUUCGUGUUUGCACUCACCAAUAAGGAUUCGGGCAAGACGCGGUACGGGGUGUGCAUCAACUUCUACCGAGCGGUGGAGCGCUGUGGCACCAGCCGCCGCGCGGACCGUCCUUCCAACGGCUCCAAACGCGACUCGUGGCGCAAGAGUUCUGACCGCAGUCCCGACUCGGCGUUUUCUAGUGAUCACCGCUCGACCGCGGCGGCUCCCGACUCAGACCGGCUGGCCGAUGACGUCACCCGUCCCGUGACGUCACCCACGCGCACGGCGGCGGCAGGGGACAAUGGCGACCCGACCGGUUCAUCACCGCGCUCUAGUCGUCGCAAACAGAGGACGAAGCAUCAUACGCUGACGUCUCUCUGCAUCAUCUCGCAUCAUCCGUUCUUCUCGUCGUUCCGAGAGUGUCUCUUUCUGCUGCGGAAACUUAUCGACGCCUGCAACGAGAACGCCUCGCCGAAGCGGGUCGGCGCCUCGCGCUCCAAUAACAGGGAGUCGGUGUGGUCGGUGCUGACCGGUCGCGGUCAGGAGACCCCUCUGCCGUCCAUCCUGCUCCAUGACGUGCGAGAGAUCGAGACCUGGAUCCUGCGCCUGCUCUCGGCGCCGGUGCCCGUCCCGGGGAAAACGCGAGUGGAGAUCGAGCUGCUCUCGCCGGAGCUGCACCGGCCGCUGACGCUGGCGCUGCCCGACCACACGCGCUUCUCGCUGAUCGACUUCCCGCUGCACCUGCCGCUGGAGCUGCUCGGCGUGGAGACUUGUCUCCAGGUGCUCACUCUCAUCAUACUCGAGUACAAGCUGGUGAUCCAGUCUCGGGACUACAACGCGCUGACCAUGUCCGUGAUGGCGUUCGUGGCGCUCAUCUACCCGCUCGAGUACAUGUUCCCCGUCAUCCCGAUGCUGCCGACCUGUAUGAGCUGCGCGGAGCAGCUGCUGCUGGCGCCCACACCGUUCAUUAUCGGCGUGCCGGCCAGCUUUCUGCUCUACAAGCGCCACUUCAGGCUUCCCGACGACGUAUGGCUGGUGGACCUGGACAGCAAUAAGGUGGUGCCACCGUCAGCGGGAGAGGAGCUUCCCUCGCUACCCGAACCCGAGUGCUCCGUACUGAAGACCCAUCUGCGCCAGGCUAUUCACAAGCUGGAUGAGGCCCUGAGCAGCAUGUCCAUGGUCCAGCAGCCCAUCAAGAACCUCGACCAGCUGCCGCGCGAGUCUGUCGAGGCGCUUCAGCAGGUGCCGGCCUCCGGCGGCUCCGGAUACAAUCCGCUCAUCUAUGGAAACGACGUCGACAGCGUGGACGUGGCGUCUCGGGUAGCAAUGAUUCGUUUCUUCAACUCUCAGAACGUGUUGGCCAACUUCACGGAGCACACGCGCACCCUGCGGCUCUACCCGCGGCCAGUGGUCGCCUUUCAGAUCAACUCGUUCCUCCGGUCACGACCCCGGGUCACCCAGUUCCUGAAUCGGCUGGCCCGCACACAGGCGGUCGAGUACCUGGCCGAAUGGGCGCUGUCCCCAACCAACGCGGCCUUCCUGCGCGUGCAGACGGGCGUGUUUGAUCCAACCCAGAUCGGCGACAAGGCCAAGUGGUACAGCCACCAGCUGGAGGCGGUGCGGUUCACGGUCUGGAGUGACGCCGGCAGCCUGGGCGCCGCCGUGCGCGCCGCUACCUCUCAGACGGAGGCGGUGCCCACGGACGAGUCCGGCUCGGACUCGGACGGCGCGCCGUCCUCCAGCAGCUCGUACUCGUCUCUGAGCGACUUUGUCUCCGAGAUGCAGCUCUCCGAUCUGUCGCCCGCGGUGCUGGAGCCGGCCGGCGGCGGUGUGGUCAGCGGAAUAGACACCAAGUCCGUCUACACGCCUCCUUCGGCUCUGCUGGUGCCGGGCUCGGCCCGCUCCUCGGACUCGGCGCACCAGUCCUCGGGGGGCUCGUCCUCGCGCUCGUCCAUCUCGUCCCAGGGCGGCGAGGACAUGCGCGAGACGGCCGAUGAGGAUGAGGACGAGGAGGAACAGUCUGUCUACCCGAUACAGACGGACGCCGUGGACGCCUUCUGGAAGGCCAUGAUUCGCCACUCCAACCUCAAGUACAUGCAGGACCGCGCUGCGGCGGGCCGGGGACAGCCGGCGGAGGGCCCACCGGUGCCAGAGUUUCGCUCUCUGCCGCCCAGCCAGACGCUCUCCUGUCCGGCACUGGCCGAGUAUGGCGAGCCGGAGCAGUCUUCUGAUGAUCAGCUACAGGAGGACGAUCACCAGGACCUUGGACAAGCCGUGGAAGAGUCGAAGGACGUGGAGAAGAGCCCGCCGCCGGGGGAGAGGAACCCGAAGCGCUCCUGGUGGGGCCGAAUGGUAUCCGGACUAUUCUCCAGCUCCAAACAAGCGGACGGCCUGGACUCGAUGUCGGUCGACUCCGACACGGCCUCGGUGGCCACCACACCGCGCACCGUCAUCUCCACGCGCCGCCAGAGCCCCACGCCGUCCCUCUCCUCCGAGACCAGCUGCGCCACUCUCAGCUCAGAGCCGCCCGGCCGGCCGCCGCGCCUCGCCAGCCGAACGGUCUCUCCUCUGCCGACCCGUCAGCUGAGCGGCGGCAGUGUGGGCUCUCCGGGCCCGCCGCUCACCCCCCGGCAGGGCAGCCAGUCGGGCGGCCACUCGGUGCUGGAGCAGCUGACGGCACAGGCGCGCGGUCUGCGCCACAACAGCCAGGAGAGCCUGCUGACGCAGGUGGACAAGCUGACCGGUCAACUGAAGAACCAGGUGGCCGAGAAAAUUGAGGUCGUCAAACAGCAUAGCGGAGAGGACGGCAGUCUACUGGGACAUGCGCGGAAGGAGGCGAGUCACUCGGUGCACAAAGCGUCCCAGUCUGCCCGCGAGCUGUCCCGCUCGGCCAAAACAGCCAGCAAGUCCACCCUGGAGGAUCUGACCUUCGUGGGCCGCGCGCGACUGGGCGACAUCACACGCAGCGCCAAGGAGGCCGUGUCGCUGAAGAGCCUGGGCAGCCGGGACUCCAGUGGAGGCAGUGGGGGAGGGGGCGGGUCGCUGAGUCACCAGGAGUCGCUGGGGUCCGACGGAGGUCGGAGGGACUCGCGGGGCGCCCUGCAGAGGAGCGGCGGUCCCGCAGGCAACACCGACUUCCUGAGUAACGUCAGUAGCGAGCUGAACGGCAUCGCCCAGCAGACCUCCAAUCUGUUCAGCGAUAUAUUCGGCACCAAGAGCAGUGCGGGCAAAUCGUCGCAGUCUUCCAGCUCCACGUCGUUAGCAGUGCCUUCGUUGAAGCCGGCCAGUCGUCCGGCGCCGUUCGGCCCGUUCCCCAAGGGCCGCCGGGGCAUGGUCGAGAAGUCGUCCCUGAUCCGGCACAGCAGUAACCAGGUGCAGAGACAGGACUCGCGCCAGGCGGCGGCCGUGUACGAACAGCGCAACACCACGUCCACCGAGAAUCAAGUCUUCCUGAAAGAGGUAAUAAGUCAGGUGCUGGAGGGCGAGGGGGUCGGCUGGCUGAAGUUGAACCGCGUCAAAAAGCUCAUGGAAGACGAGAACUACCGAAACCUGGUGGUCUCCCGUCUGAACCAAACCCUCGACAAGAAGAUCGGGCCCGACGACCACAUUGACGACGUCUGCGUGACUCGGGACGUAUGGCGGGGGAUGCUGAAGCUGCUGCUGGCCGUGGUCAGUGGCCUGGAGCACACCUACAGCGAGCACGGUCUGGGCGGCAUGGCGUCCGCCUUCCAGGUGCUGGAGAUCGCGCACACGCACUACUGGAGCCGGGAGGUGCGCGAGCCGGCCGCGCUGGCCACGGUGGGCAUCUCGGCCGCCUCGAGUCCGUUCGGCAGCGGCGAGAACCUGCUGUCGCCGAGCUCUCCGCGCGGCUCGCCGCUGCCGCCGCCCUCCCCGCAGCGCGCGCCGCCGCCGCAGCUCGACGUCACGCCCGACAUCAGCCGGAAGUCCUCCUCGGGCUCCGUGUUCAGCGACGGCUGCGGGAGAGGUCUGGUGCACGACGCGCUCCGCAGUCCCGACGACGAGACCUCCACCUCGGACAUGCUGCGCGACCUGCUGGUGCACAAGCGGCAGCUGCUGCUCAGCAAGCUGACCUCGGCCGAGUCCGACAGCGAGGCGGCGCGCGGCAGCGACGGCAGCGACGCCGGCAGCAUCAUCACCAACCCCAGCUAUCUGAAGGCGCGCAUGCAGCAGAGCUUUCGCUCGACGGUCAGCGACUCGGAGCUGGACGGCAGCCGGCCGAGGGGCCGCGCCGGCAGCGUGUGGUCCAGCAAGUCGUCCUUCAGCACCGGGUUCCGCUACCACGCAGGCAGCAUGAUCAGCACGUCCAACACCUCGUCCCCGGACGGCUCCACCAGGACCUACCUGUUCGAGGGUCUGCUGCACAAGGAGCGGUGUCCUCUCUGGGACCAGAUGGCCUUCUGGGAGGACGCCUUCCUGGACGCGGUCGCCCAGGAGCGGGACAUGGUGGGCAUGGACCAGGGACCCGGAGAGAUGAUGGAAAGGUAUAACUCGCUCUCUGAGACGGAGCGAAAACGGCUGGAGCACGACGAGGACCGCCUACUCUCCACCAUGCUCUACAACCUGGUGGCCUUCAUGGUGAUGCUGCGGGUGAACAAGCAGGAACUGAAGCGGAAGAUCCGCCGGCUUCUCGGCAAGAGUCACAUCGGACUCGUCUACAGUCAGGAGGUCAACGAACUGCUCGAUCAAAUCGGAAACCUGCACGGUAAUGACAUCGACCUGCGGCCGCUGGGAUCGCGUCAGAUGCACCGACAGAGCUUCACCGUCCACUGCGGCACGGACGCCACAGGCGAGCUGGUGUUUAUGGAGGUGCGCGAUGACGGCCUGGUGCUGCGAAGCGUCAGCGGCGUCAUCAUCGGCAGAUGGUGGUUCGAGAGACUCGUCAACAUGACCUACUCGCCCAAAAACAAAAUCCUCUGCCUGUGGCGGCGCAACGGCGGCAAGACGCAGCUCCACAAAUAUUACACGAAAAAGUGCAAGGACCUCUACUACUGCGUCAAGGAGGCGAUGGAGCGGGCGGCGGCGCGCGGCGCCGGCGUCACGCCCGGACUCGAGCUGGGCGGCGAGUUUCCCGUGCAGGACCUGAAGACGGGCGAGGGCGGCCUGCUGCAGGUCUGCAUGGAGGGCGUCGGCCUGCUGUUCGCCACCUCGAAGGAUUUCGAGUUCUUCGUCCGGCUAGACCACAUACGCAAGUGCUUCACCCAGAAGGGAGGCAUCUUUGUACUCGAGGAAUACAAUCCGAAAACACGACAGAUGCUGCAACGAAAAUAUAAAUCAGCAAUGGCGGACCAGAUCUGCUACUCGGUGCUCUGCGUGUUCUCCUACAUCGCCGCUGGCUCCGAGCACAAGAAGCAGCAGCAGCUGCCGCAGCGGCUCAGCUCCACGUCCUAACCUCAGUCGUAACCUCGGCCUGGCGUCCCGACCGGCCCUAGUGGUUGGUACUGGCGCUGGGACCUGCAGUGGCGCUGUACGAGAGCCGGGAUCUGCAGUGGCGCCAUCUGAGACAGGACGAACUGAGCUGCAGUAGCGUGCGUGGACCAAUUGAGUACAGAAUCGCUGGUCGUUUUCGCCGAAGCAGAUGGGCUACUGAAUCCACACCGGAUCAGAUGAACCAUCGAGCCAUUCCAAACCGACCCCAAUCGCCGAACUAACCCUGACUCACCGACAUACCCCGCACAUCCAGCCACAGAACAUGGGAGCGCGACAGAAGCUGACAGCACCGGAUCCCGCGCAGCACGCAGCUAGCUUGAACGUCCCACCGACGCUUUGACUCACGAGGCUUGACUUCAAAAUCACACCCGACACCAAACCUCCCCAGUUGAACUCGUGGUCGCCGCAGCGGCCCUGGUAGUCACCGCGUCGCUAUCGUCUACCGCCCCCGGCGCUGCGCCAGUCUCGCCGCGCUAAGACUGUCUGAGAAAUGUUCUGCCCCGAGAGAGAUGGGUGUUAGCCCCGCUUCCAAGCCGGCGUCGGUCCCUGGUAGCCAGACGUACCGGGGAGUAUAGGCUCCCGGAGAGUAGUGACCCGAGUCCCCGCUAGAGGCGCUGGGUCCCGCCGGCCAGUCGCCGGCCACGGUGCCUUCGUUUCCGAUAUAUCACUGUGUGGGGUGGGGGCGCCGGGCCCAGCCGCUCGGUAGGCUAGCUUGUGCCGAGCUGUUGUUGCUGUUGAUACUUAAGGCGUGUGUAGUCUGGCGGCGGUCGAAAAUACAGUGUAGUGCCGAGGUGA